AUGGAUCCAAUCAAGUAUAUCUUUGAAAAACUAGCCCUUACUAGAAGGAUUGCUCGAUGGCAAGUUCUCUUAUCAGAAUAUGAUAUUGUAUAUGUUACCCAGAAGGCAAUCAAAGGCAAUGCGCUUGCUAAUUUUCUAGCUCAACAACCAAUAAAUGAUUAUCAGUCAAUGCAAUGUGAGUUUCCUAAUGAAAGUAUAAUGGCGUUGUUUGAAGAGAAGGAAUCUUCAAGAAAAGAAGAAUGGGUCAUGAUGUUUGAUGCUGAAUAUGAGGCCUGCACUGUGGGAAUUCAAGCAGUUAUGGAGUCAAAAAUCAAAGUUCUCGAAGUGUAUGGUGACUCAGCCUUGGUCAUCCAUCAGUUGAAAGGGGAAUGGGAGACUUGGGAUGCAAAGUUGAUUCCUUACCAAGCCUACAUCAAAGAAUUGAUAGAGUAUUUCAAUGAGAUUACCUUCCAACGUAUUCCUUGUGAGAAUAAUCAACUGGCUGAUGCUUUAGCCACUUUGUCGUCAAUGUUUGUAAUAAGUCAAAAUACGGAUAUGCCACUUAUAAAAAUGCGAUAA